AAUUCAAUGCGCAGAUGCGGUUCUCUCUACCACGUGACUGUUAGUUUACCUUUGUUGGUUUUGCAACAUCGUUAGGUCCACUGUUGCAUCGGUAAAGGAGGGAAGAUAGAUAUUCUGUUCAGGCAUUGCCAUCCACAGCUGAAAAAGAAGAGAACAUGGGGAAGAAGUCAAAGACAAAGGAACACAGGCAGUUGAAGACUGAAAACAUGGUUGUCAGAACAAUGAUGACAGAGCUUUUGCAAAAAUGUGUCAGCCCUACUUCAUCGAAAAACCCAUCUCCAAAAGAACAAUACAAUGCUCUAAAAGAAAUUUUAGAUAUGCUUGAGAAAAUUGAAAAAUUAAAAAAUAUCAAAGGAGGAAUAAGUCAACUUCCUGAAAGAGAAACAUGUAUAGAGAGCUUCUAUGAUUGGGCAAAGCACAAGAAUAUUUCAUUUGAAAAUUUGGAAAUAAAGAAAGCUGCAAAUGAUGAAUUAGGUAUUUUUGCAAAAGCAGAGUUUAAUGAAGGAGAUAUGUUUACUAGUAUUCCAAGAGAAGCAAUGAUGACCUCAGAAUCUGUGUUGGAGUCUCAAAUAGGCCAGCUGGUUAAAAGUGACCCAAUGCUGAGCAGCAUGCCAAAUGUAGCAUUGGCCAUGUAUCUCUUAUAUGAGCUGUAUCAUGACAAAUCAGAGUGGAAGGCCUAUAUCCAAAUGCUUCCAAGAUGUUAUUCCAAUGUCUUGUAUUUCAGUACUGAGGAUCUUGAAAACCUGAAAAGUACAUCUGUUUUCCUAGAGGCAGAGAAAAUUGUGAGAAGUAUAGUAAGGCAAUAUGCAUAUCUGAGUACUCUGCUCUACAAGAAUCCUUUGGGAAAAGACUUUGGCUUUAUUGAUAAGCUCACAUUUGAUGAUUAUAGAUGGGCUGUCUCCACAUUAAUGACUAGACAGAAUCCAGUUCCUCCAUCCAAUGGAUGUACAUCACCAGUUCUUGCUUUAAUCCCAUUUCUAGACAUGUGUAAUCACAAGGAAGGGCCUGUAUCUGUGGAUUAUAAUGGUGAGGCAAAGCAAUGUGAAUGCUAUGUAGCAACUCAUACUGAAGCAGGUGAUGAACUUCAUAUCUUCUAUGGGCCUAGACCCAAUACAGAGCUGGUAAUUUACAAUGGAUUUUUCUAUGAAGAUAAUACUCAUGAUUAUAUCAAAAUGAAGUUUCAUUUAAGCAAGACAGAUACUCAGCAUGACAUCAAGAAGUCUUUGGUAGCCAAGCUAGGUUUAGAUGAGUUUUUGCCAAUAGGCUGCAUGCCAUCGCCCAUUAAGGAUUCACUUCAAGCAUUUUUGCAAAUUGCAAAUGCAUCUGAAAUGGAAGUUUCUGAAAUGUUGAAACUUGAAAGUAUUGACCUUGCCCAAUCUUUAGGGGAAGGUAUGAUUACAGGAAAAGAUACAAAAAUAAAAGGGUUGAAAUUCCUAAAGGAACGAUGUUCUUUGGCUUGGAGACUUCUAUCAACUGUAGGUAAUGGGCAAGUAAAUGGCGAAGAACAAGAUGUUUCUAACACAAAAGCAUUGAGUAUACUACUGAAGGAGAAUGAAAAGAAACUUCUAAAAGAUACUUUAGAGUAUAUUGAUAAGGAAAUUGAAAAUAUAUUGGGGUAAGUUUAAAGUAUAUUUAUCUGGGGGAAUUAAGGAAAUAGGCAGAGUUUAAUGCUAUUAUUGCUAUUACAGUUCAAUUUACUUAUAGUUCUUGUAUUUUUAUGUAGAAUUUGGUAUUAUUUUCUAUAUGUUUUUAUCAUAAAUUCAUAUAUUCCAGCUAUUAUUCUGUAUCCUUGUAAAGGAGGCCUAAAUAGUAUUGAUAGAUGUGGGUAAUUAGAAAUGAUGCUUUGAAAAAUAGUUUAUAAUUCAUUUAUUAAUGUUGCCAUAAAUUGUAAAUACUGAAGUUGAUCUUCCCCUACUUAUCAAAGACUAUAACCUUCUUGAAAAGAGAACAAUUUUAACUUGAAGCAAAUUGCCACUGAAAUUGCCCACUUGGUACUUACCUAAUAUGAUUUUAGAAGGUCCCUUAAUAUGACUAUCUUGACCAUACCCUUAAUAUGACUAUUUUUUGAUAAAAAAGAGAAAUUGCUCCACAAUACUGUAAAAUUCUAAAUAAAACCCAGGUUUUAUAAUGCUUCAAAGGCUGGUUUGGGGGACUAUAAUCAGAAUUCAGUUGAUGUCAGAAAAAAUGCAAAAUCAGUUUUUCAAGCCUAAAUGAAAAGAUCCAUCAUGUUUGUGAGACACUUACAAUCAGGCUGCAACCAAUGUGGAAAAAUUGAAGAAUAUGUUUCUUUAACUUUUUAUCGAUGAGGAUGUGCAUUCUUGGAGCAAAUAGUACCUUUAAUGAAGAUAAUUUUUAAACAUUUCCUGAAUAAAUUUGUUUACCCAUGAUUAAAAGUUAAGAAUAUCAUAUAAUAGAAUAAGAUUAAAAAAGAUUUUAAGUUUAGAACAGGGAACUAUUAUAUGAUUUAUUUUGAAGCAAAAGUAAGCUGAUAAGGCUUCACAGGAAAGAUCAAAUCUAUGCUGGAUAAAUGAUGCAUGCAUAAGGAAGUUUUUUGAAAGUUCUUCCCCAUAGAUAUUACAACUGUAGGCUCCUUGUGAUUAUUUAGAAAAAAAUCUGGCAUCACAUCACAUGACAGGUUGAAAAAAAAGACUAUUUCUAUAGAAAAACAAUUAAUUUUUUCUAAUAAAAGUUUGUUAUGGUGGAAUAAAAGGUUACCAUGUUCCCUUCCAGAUUACCCUUUAACUUGUUCGUAUCUUUGUAUAUUUAACAAUUUUAAGUCCUUGCUCAAGUUGUGUAUUUGCUUUCAUCAAGUUAAUUUUUGUUUUACAGUAUUUAUUUUUUAGCAUAUAAAUUUCUAUUGGCAAA